CGCCGCAGCGCACACGGUCUCUGCUGGUGGCAACAUCUUGUGACUUGCGUCACCAGGGACAAUUCCCGAUUCCCUCGGCAUUAACUUCAUGUUUUCUUAUGAAGGUAGAAAGGUAGUUCUCAAGAAUAACUCAGAGAGGUGAGAGUUAACAAGCACUUAUUGACGUGUUCUUCCAUCCAACAGAUAGUUGUUGAGUGCUUACUGUAUAUUUGGGUUUGUUAAUAGGGACUUACAAAGAUAAGAGGUGACUCCGCCCUGGAAUUGCUCACGGCCAGGUGGGUGCAUCAGGUGUUCAAAGAAGUACAGUAAAAUGAAAUUGGCGGCAGCAAGCACACAAUGAACGAUCACCUGCAUGUCGGCAGCCACGGCCACGGGCAGGUUCAGGUUCAGCAGCUGUUCGAGGAUAACAGUAACAAGCGGACAGUGCUCACGACACAACCAAAUGGGCUUACGACAGUGGGCAAAACGGGAUUGCCGGGCGUGCCGGAGCGGCAGCUGGAGAGCAUCCACCGAAGGCAGGGGAGCUCCACCUCCCUGAAGUCUAUGGAGGGUGUGGGGAAGGCAAAAGCCACCCCCAUGACUCCCGAGCAAGCAAUGAAGCAAUACAUGCAAAAACUAACCGCCUUUGAACACCACGAGAUUUUCAGCUACCCUGAAAUAUACUUCUUGGGUCCAAACGCAAAGAAGCGCCAGGGCAUGACAGGUGGGCCCAACAACGGUGGCUAUGACGAUGACCAGGGGUCGUACGUGCAGGUGCCCCACGACCAUGUGGCUUACAGGUACGAGGUCCUCAAGGUCAUUGGGAAGGGCAGCUUUGGGCAGGUGGUCAAGGCCUAUGACCACAAGGUCCACCAGCACGUGGCCCUGAAGAUGGUGCGAAACGAGAAGCGCUUCCACCGGCAGGCGGCGGAGGAGAUCCGGAUUCUGGAGCACCUGCGCAAGCAGGACAAGGACAACACCAUGAACGUCAUCCACAUGCUGGAGAAUUUCACCUUCCGCAACCACAUCUGCAUGACGUUUGAGCUGCUGAGCAUGAACCUCUACGAGCUCAUCAAGAAGAAUAAAUUCCAGGGCUUCAGCCUGCCUUUGGUCCGCAAGUUUGCCCACUCGAUUCUGCAGUGCUUGGAUGCUUUGCACAAAAACAGGAUAAUCCACUGUGACCUUAAGCCCGAGAACAUUCUGUUAAAGCAGCAGGGGAGAAGCGGCAUUAAAGUGAUCGAUUUUGGCUCCAGUUGCUACGAGCAUCAGCGUGUCUACACAUACAUUCAGUCCCGUUUUUACCGGGCCCCGGAAGUGAUCCUUGGCGCCAGGUACGGCAUGCCCAUCGACAUGUGGAGCCUGGGCUGCAUCUUGGCAGAGCUCCUGACCGGUUACCCCCUCUUGCCUGGGGAAGAUGAAGGGGACCAGCUGGCCUGCAUGAUUGAACUCUUGGGCAUGCCGUCCCAGAAACUGCUGGAUACAUCCAAACGAGCCAAAAAUUUUGUGAGCUCCAAGGGUUAUCCCCGCUACUGCACUGUCACCACUCUCUCUGACGGCUCUGUGGUCCUCAACGGGGGCCGUUCCCGGAGGGGGAAGCUGAGGGGCCCGCCUGAGAGCAGAGAGUGGGGGAAUGCACUGAAGGGCUGCGAUGACCCCCUUUUCCUCGACUUCUUAAAACAGUGUUUAGAGUGGGAUCCUGGGGUUCGCCUGACCCCCGGCCAGGCUUUACGGCACCCCUGGCUGAGGAGGCGGCUGCCAAAGCCGCCGACGGGGGAGAAGACAUCAGUGAAAAGGGUGACCGAGGCCACUGGUGCUAUCACCUCCAUUUCCAAGUUACCUCCACCUUCCAGCUCAGCCUCCAAACUGAGGACGAAUUUGGCACAGAUGACGGAUGCCAAUGGGAAUAUUCAGCAGAGGACAGUGUUGCCAAAACUUGUUAGCUGAGUUGAGCCCCCGAUGCUGGUAAUCUGAAAGAUACGACGUUGCUGAGCCUUACUGGGUUGAAAAGGAGUAGCUCAGACCUGUUUUUAUUUGCUCAAUAACUCGACUCAUUUGUAUCUUUUCAGCACUUAUUUUAAUGUAAGAAGGUUGUUCAUUUUGUUUUUAUAAAAUACAUGGGGACAAUGCUUUAAGUUUUUAUACUUUCUGAAACUGUUUCUGUGUUCUCAAAGUACGAUCCGCCUCAACCGUGUUUAGUGCGGCAGAGUAAUAAACAUCAGUGGCAGGCCAUUGAUCACUUCAUGACUGCUGCGCGCUUACAGAUUGGCGUCAGAGACAUUCACUAUGUGUUUCUGGUUCAGAUAUAUUCUCCCCAAGGUGAUUGCCCCCGAAGGCCCCCUUCUCUCUGUGCUCCAGGUUCAUGCACAGGGGUAGCGUGUCCUGUUCCAUUUUCCAUCCUUAUCUGGGUGGUAGUCAUGGCGGGAGAAUGGUCAGGACAAAAAUGAUACUCUAAGAAAAAAUGGACCUUGGAGAUUUUUUUCCUAAACUAAUGCUCAAACAAAAUAAAAUGCCCAGGUUUAAGUGCCCGGCUAGCACUCUGACAUCCUCAAAGCCGGCCAAGCAGACCUGGCAGAUAAUUGGAAACAUGUGUGCUCCUCCAAAUUUUCUAACAUGAUCGGCGAGCUGUCUUGUAAAGAAGCCUCAUAUUACAGAAUUGCUUUUGCACCUGACUUUAGAAGUGUGUUCCAUGAACUGUUCGCCCUUCUCUCUGCUUUUCUCUUCUCUGUUCUCUUUUACCACCCAUCUGUUGCUUGCAUUUCAUUUUUUUUUUUUUCCUUCAAAUAUAUAUCCCGGACUGUUAAUAAGGAAGAGAGACAUUUCAGCUGUGAUUAUGACCAUUGUAUCAUAUUCCAGUUAAAAAAAGAAGAACAGCCUAGCUACUUAAGGUGGGCGUUUUCAGAGUUCCAGAGGAGGUUCGGCAGAGAUCUGUGAGUGCACACGUUUCAGGUCCCCUUGUAAGGUUCCCUAGCCUGGGAGAGCAUCAGCUCCUCUAAAGAGGAAGAGGGUUGGAAAUCCUCUUGAUGAACAGAAGUCAUUGUGGCUGUUCAGUAAGGCCGAUUUUAACAACACAUUUAAAGGAGGAAAAGUUCAACCUCGAGUUAAAUGGUUUGACUUAUUCUUUGCAUCAUUAGCAGAACCACAGAAAUUUGCAUUCCUCGAUUUUAUUUUACUUUCUUUUGGAUUGCACUGAUUGUUUUUGUGGGAAUGACACUUUACCUGAAGAAGUAACUGAGAGUUAGUAAAAGAAUAUUUUCUUCUCUGAAUAAUAAUUAUUUUCACGGUGAAAAUUUCAGUAUUUUAUCGCUAAGGUAUGAGCAGUGAUAUAUAUCAAUUUCAAGGCACGUGGAAAAAAUUUUUUAGUAUGUGCAAUUUAAUAGAGAAGGAUUUCUGCCUGUUUGGACAAUAGGUUUGGGUAGUAUAAAUUAGGAUAAAUACUCUUUUAUAUGCACAGAUAUUAUUGUAUUGCCUGUAAAUUGAUUUACAAGUACUUAAAGCAUGGUCCCCCGUGAGGCCAAGAAAGUUUCCGGUUAAGUUCUUUUAAUAUUAAUCCUACAGUUUCUCUUACUUAAAAGAAUAAAAAAUUUUGACUAAAACACUUUACUUAUCUUGAGGCUUUGUCAGUUGGUGGUGGAGAAAAAUGCUCAGGAAAUACUACAGAUAUUUGCCAAAAAAAAAAAACCAGUAAUAAGAUUAGCUUAUUAAUAAGAUAGUGAUGUUGAUAUUUGCUUUACUAUUUAAGGGUGUCACAGAUAAAUUAAUUUGUACUUCUGUAUUUAGAAAUUAUAGCUUCUUUCCCCUAGUAAAAUUCUUUACAUAUUGUACACAUUUCUGUGUAAUCUGUGGAAGUGCAAUAAUAUGUUAGUAAGUUGCAUUUUACAUGAUGCUCAUGUGAUGAUACCCCCCAAUCAGUGGCUUAUAGAACUUAAAGAUUGCAUAUUUAUUAUUAAAACUUUGGCUUAAAGGCAUAAGAACUGUAAGACUUGGUGUGGUGGCUUUGUAAAACAAGGCUCUCGAUGGUUAGCUUCUUUGGGUCAUUGAAAUAAACAAAACAUACAGGCUGCAUUCCCUGUGCAGUGCUCCUUCCGUGCCCACUCUCAUUUCCACAUUUAGGUUUAAAUAUAUGAACCUGAGCCCGCCCUUAAUAGGAAUUUCCCCAUAAAUUUGUUAUACAUGUGAAAAUUUAUAAAUGGACUAAUACUCCCUGUCUUUCCCUCACCACACUGGUUCUUGAGAUGCCAACAGUGCAUUUGUGACCAUCUUUAUUCACAAAUGUAACCGGAAACUUUUAAGCCAAACUAUAAUGGGCAGCACUGUGGGGUCCCCCCCUCCCCCCAGUACAGUUCAAUUUCCUUUAUUCACAAGAGCCACCACAUUCAGUGUUUAGUGAUAGAGCUGCUUUAUAAAAAUUCUAGCUUAAUUAUAAUGUCAAAAAGAGAAAAAUGUUCAAUCUUCGUUGAUUUCAAAACAUCAAUAAAUGAAGGGCUCUGAUAGGCUACCCGGAGUUGGCUUGGAAACAGUCCUUGGUCUCACAGGUUACCGCUGUCUAGGGAUGUCUGAGCUGUUUUCAGAUUUAGGAAUAGCACAGUGUUGUCUUGUCUUUGGUUGCAGUCUCAGCUGGCUCUGUUCUUGCACCACCAGAGUGCGUGUCCCCACCUGGGUGUAUUGCUACAGCAGUGGAACAACAGUGAUGCAAGACAGUGUAGAUGAACAGUAGAGGAGAAAUUGUGCCCUUAGUGUUAACAAUGUGCCUUUUGUUCUGAAUGCCAUGUUGUAGGGCAUGCAUUUUUUGGCCUCUUUAACUCUCUGAAUACUAGGCAGUAAGGAUGGAACCCACCUCUGUGAAGAUAACACCUGUCUUAAAUAUCCAGUUACUUAACAGGCCUUAAUAGAAACCGUAAGGCGUGAAUCAUCGUCAGGCCCUGAAGAAGGUACCAUUCGUUGGUUAGUUACACAGGGAACUCUUAUGUUUAAGGGGUUAAAGAUGGUCUUUGUUCUAUCUUAACAUCAGACUGAUUUUUUAAAUGAUAUUUUUUUUUGUUAUGCUAACAGUAGACAAAAAUCAACUGUAUUUGUAAAAAUUUACCUCAAACCAUUUAAUUUUCUAGCGUGAUUAAUCCCAGGGCAUUUGGUAUGAACCAAAGUGCAUUCCUUUUAUAUGUGCCUGGCUCUAGUAAGGAUGGCCAGGGGUUUUUACAAUUUGGGUGCAAGGCACGUAAGCCACUUUUAAACUUAAUGGGUGGUUUGGAGUCGUGUUAAGGGACUCCAGCAGAAUGUUAGGAAACACUUCAGGCAUCAGUAGCAUUGGGCCAUAUUGGAAUCUUAAAAGUGUGAAUUAUUUUAAAGAGAGCAUUCAUUUUUGUAAUUUUUUUCAUCAAGACUAUUUCUGGUAAGCAGAAGACUUUUUAAAAAAUCUGAUUUGGUUGGCAAAGGUUUUAAUAUUGCCCAACACAAUGCUGUGGUAGCAUUUAAAAAAAAGUAUUUGUGAACUCUUUCUUUCUUAGGGGCUUGUACAUCUCUCUGCUAUGGACAUAAAUAGAAUUAAUUGUAACUAUACUCAGCUCAACUGCUACAGUUACGUCUAGGCAGUGGCUUGGGUUUUUAUCGAGCAACAACUUAGACACGUGACUGUAAUAUGCUGCAACUGUGUGUCCUGAAAAUCUGUGAAAAUGGUUGAAUGUGGACUGUGUAUAUAUGUAUGUAAAACCUUCUGUGAGAUGCUGCUGUCGCCACUUGACGUGAACUCUGUUCUAGGGGAUUUUGAUCCUAGUGGCCAGUUCUAUGAUACUGUAUGUAUUGUACAGCUGAUGACAGGAGUAAGACUGUUCAGUGAAUAUUUGUUAAAUUUUAUUGUCGUGGCCAGAGAUAAUUUCAGAAUAAAAUUUUAAUGUCCUACCGUA